AACUACAGAAACUACAACCACAGAAACUACAACCACAGAAACUACAACCACGGAAACUACAACCACAGAAACUACAACUAUGGGCAUUACUAUUGAUCCUACAAUUUCCAACUUUGAUCCAUGCUAUAAUUAUACCACUCUUGAUAACUACUGGAGAGACAUACGGCAAAAUUACUACUAUGGCUAUGAUGACAGCCUUGUUGAAUGGAGUGGCUGGUAUCGUCUGUAUCUGAAUGGAGAAAGUGCCCAGAUGUCUGAGUCGUGUGUGAACUUCAUGUCAUGUGGUGGUUACACUGCACUGUAUCUCAAUGGUUCUCAUCCAACACUUGAGGAUGGAGUUGUGACCCAUGAAGUUGUGGGAACUACUUCAUGGUGGUGGAGUUAUUCCAAUCAGUGUGGUGCCUACACAUCCACAUCCAUCCAAGUCAAAGCCUGUCCAGGAGAUUACUACGUCUAUGAAUUUGUCAAACCCAUCACAUCAGCUCCCAGUCCUACCUACUGUGCAGUUGUCUUCCAAAACAUCAGCAGUGAUCCCUGCUACAACUAUGAGUCUCUGGAUCGUCCCUGGAGAGCCAACAAUGAAAGUGGAGACUACAUUUGUGAUAACUCUUUUUCCUGGAGCGGCUGGUACCGGCUUUUCUACUAUGGAAUGAACAUCCAGAUGUCAGAGACCUGUGUUAAUUCAUACAGCUGUAACACAUAUACUACUCUUUGGCUCAAUGGUCCUCAUCCUGAGAUUGAGGAUGGAGUGGUGAUCAGAGAAGUCUGUAGUAAUUAUUACUGGAGCGGCUGCUGUUCUUAUAAGACAAUCCCCAUCAGAGUGAAAGCAUGUCCAGGAAAUUACUAUGUCUAUGAACUUGUGAAUCCACAGGUCUGGUGUUCAGGAUACUGCACAGAUGUCAGCACUAUUUCACAGACUCCAACUGUAAGUCCAGAUAUAAUCACUGGAUCCAGCAUCACAUUGAAUUAUGACCCGUGUGAAAACUACAAUGUAAUCAACAACUACUGGAGAAGCACAUUCAAUUACUGGUCUAUGUAUGGAUUCAUCUCUGAUCAUGAUGACACUCGUGUUGAAUGGGACGGCUGGUAUCGACUCUUCAUUGAUGGAUCGAGUGCUCAGAUGCCCGAGUGGUGUUUUUAUUACAUGUCAUGUGGAAGUUUUAGUUCUCUGUAUCUUGGUGGCUCUCAUCCUCGUCUAGAAGAUGGAGUUGUUACUCGUGAAGUUUUUGGCUCUCACUAUUAUCAGUGCAGUUUCUACAGAUCUGAACCAAUCCAAGUAAAAGCCUGUCCUGGAGAUUAUUAUGUCUACAAAUUCACACGACCAACUCUUUCAAUCCCAGCUCCUGUAUAUUGUGCAGUUCCUUUCUCCACCCCAAUAAUUGAUCCUUGCUACAACUACACCAGUCUGGACGAGCCUUGGAGAUCCACAGACAACUAUUACUAUAAUAACUAUUACUAUAAUAACUAUUACCAUAGUAUGUGUGAUUAUAAUGUGGAGUGGAAAGGCUGGUACAGGAUGUUCUACAAUGGUCAAAAUGCCCAGAUGCCAGAAUCAUUUGUUAGUAGUGGCUUGUGUGGAACAUAUUCCCCUCUGUGGCUGAAUGGUCCUCAUCCACAGCUAGAAGAUGGAGUGGUCAUCCGUCAGGUCUGUGACUCUUGGACUAACUAUUGUGAAUACAAAUCCCAUCCUAUACAAGUCAAAGCCUGUCCUGGAGAUUACUAUGUUUAUGAGUUUGUCAAGCCAAUGUUUUGUGGAGCGUACUGUGCAGAAGCCUCAAGUCAGUUGUCUACAACACCAGAGACAAUCCCAUCAGUAGAAUCCAUUACUCCACCAAUCACAACCACUGCUCCACCUGUUGACCCCUGCUACAACUACAAUGUCCUGGAUGAUUCAUGGAGAUCCACCAACAAUCAAUAUUCCUCUCAAGUAAUGUGUGACUCUUGGGUCAGCUGGAACGGCUGGUACCGUCUCUACAUUCAGAAUCAGAGCGUUCAGAUGCCAGACACAUGUGUUGAAGAGUAUAGCUGUGGUACUCAUGCUCCACUCUGGCUGAAUGGAGGACAUCCAACAGUUGAGGAUGGAGUGGUCACUCGAGAUGUCUGCGGUCACUGGAGCAAUAACUGCUGCUUUUUCCAAUCCAAUCCCAUUAAAGUCAAAGCCUGUCCAGGAGAUUAUUAUGUCUAUGAGCUUGUGAGCCCAAGUACCUGCAAUUUAGCAUACUGUGCAGAUGCAAGCAACAUAACCACUACCUCUACUACUGUAACACCAGAGACAACCACAGCUGAAACUACAACCACAGAAACUACAACCACGGAAACUACAACCACAGCUGAAACUACAACCACAGAAACUACAACCACGGAAACUACAACCACAGAAACUACAACCACAGAAACUACAACCACGGAAACUACAACCACAGAAACUACAACCACAGAAACUACAACCAUAGAAGCUACCUCUAUGAACAUUACAAUUGGGCCAUUUUAUCCAUUUGGAACUGGAGACACAGUGAAUGGACGUAAUGAUGAUGGGAGUUCAUCUGUUAUAUAUCUGCAGCAGCCGUUCAUAUUUUUUGGCCAAAUAUACAACCAGAUUUAUGUCAACAACAAUGGACACUUGACUUUUGACGGGGCAUGGUACAGCUACAGUCCAUAUCAGUUCCCAGCUUAUGGAGGAAAAGACCUCAUUGCUCCAUUCUGGACAGAUAUUGACAAUCGAUGGAAUGGUGUCAUCUCAUAUCAACAGUACACUUCUGGCAGUGUCCUUACUCAGGCAACCCAAGACAUAAACCAGUACUUCCCUGACUUGAGUUUCUCGGCUUCAUGGGUCUUUGUGGCAACAUGGGAUAGAGUUGCAUACUUCUACAAUUCAAGAACAGAAACAUCUUUCCAAGUGGUUUUGAUUUCAAAUGGCCAUCUCUCAUUUGUUGUAAUGAACUAUGGUGCAAUCGCUCCAACUCAACGAUAUGUACAGGUAUGCACAAGACGAUAUGGUAGAUAUGGCAUUUUCAAUUUUCAAUUUUAAUUUAAUAUGCAGACAUCUGAAUUUCUUCCUUCUCAUUAGGCUGGUUAUGACACUAUCGACUCAAGUCAUCAUUUCUCAAUUACUAAAUCACUGCAGAAUGACAUCACAAAUCUACCACUCAGCAGUAACGUCAAUGUGCCGGGCAGAUGGGCCUUCAGAACAGAUCGUGGGACACGGGGCUGUCAAUUUAAUGGUUUUCCAGUGCAGCUGGGAGACUCUUUCUGGAGUGAUGCUGGCUGUCAGGAGAGAUGCACUUGUACCAGAAGAGGCCUCCAGUGCAGCUUUGAGCCCUGUACUUUUUCCCAAGCCUGUCGUCCAGCUGCUUUCCAAUACUCUUGUCAAAACAUUCAGAGGCAAACAUGUACCAUCUCUGGUGAUCCUCACUAUUAUACCUUCGACAAUCAGAUUUUUCACUUUCAAGGAACCUGCACAUAUGUUCUGUCAGAGGCUUGUGGAAAUGAUUUACCAUACUAUCGUAUUGAGGGCAAAAAUGAGCAUCGGGGUAGCACACAUGUGUCGUGGACUCGAAUGGUGAGAGUAUUUGUCUAUGAUGAAGAAAUUGAACUUGUUAAAGAUCACUAUUAUGAGGCAAAGGUUAAUGGGACCUUUGUAGCUACACCAUUCACCCUCCACAAUGGCUCCAUCCAAGUUUAUCAGUCAGGUUUUUCCUUGGCCAUCAGCACAGAUUUUGGUCUUCAAGUUACAUAUGAUGCAUACAGCUACGUCACUAUCUCUAUACCUUAUGACUACCAGAAUGCCACAUGUGGUCUAUGUGGAAAUUAUAAUCUACAUCCUGAAGAUGACUACCGUUCAAUUUCUGGGGAGAUCUUGAGCUCCGAUGUUGACUUUGCUAACUCUUGGAAGGUAGAUGGAGAUACAGAUCCCGAAUGCCAUGAUGUCAGGUGCACAGGUCUAGGUUGUGCUGUUUGUACCGCCAAUGAAAUGAGCCUUUACAGUGACACCAACCACUGUGGGAUUCUAGGAGAUGUUUCAGGGCCUUUUGCAUCUUGCCACUCUGUGUUAUCAGCACAGACCUACAUAGAGAACUGCAUCUAUGAUCUUUGCUUAGGAGGAGGAUACCAGCCUAUUCUGUGCCAGGCUCUUAAUGUGUAUGCUGCUCAGUGCCAACAGCAGGGUGUACAGCUAGGGCACUGGAGACAACCAGGAUUUUGUGAGAUUCAAUGUCCAGAGCACAGUCAUUUCGAGCCCAAUGGAACAGGCUGCCCUGCAACUUGCAGUAACCCCUCUGCCCCAAUGAACUGUCCCUUGCCCAGUCAGGAGAGCUGUGUUUGUGAUAAUGGGUACAUCCUCAGUGCUGGACAAUGUGUGCCUGAAGCAAACUGUGGCUGUGUCUUUGAGGGCUUCUAUUACUCUGAGGGACAGUCUGUAGUGUUGGGCGGGGACUGUGGGAGGCAGUGUGUUUGCAGUAGCAGGUCAAUGGUGUGCAUUCAACACCAGUGUGGUCCAGCUGAAGUUUGUGGGCUCCAUAAUGGUGUAAGGGGUUGCAGACCCAUCAGUUAUGCUACAUGUUCAGUUGAAAGCCUGGGUUCAUACCAUACCUUUGAUGGACAAACUUUCCGAUACCCAGGAGCUUGUGGACUGACCCUUGCUAGAGUGAUGGGGCCAUCCCAACUGCCAUACUUUGUACUCACAGUGGAGAAAGAACCCAGAGGCCUUCAAGAGUUUUCUAGGUUCCUGAGAUUUGAAGCAGGAGGAACACAUGUUUCCAUUGAAUUGGGAGAAGGUAGUAAUGUACAGGUGGAUGGACAGAUGGUUGGUCUUCCCACUAGUGUUGGCUCAAGUCAGAUUCAUAUCUAUCACAGCAGCGCAAGAGGUUUUGUUUUAGAGACAUAUUUUGGAGUGACCGUAAGAGCUGACUGGCCGCACAUUGUCCGAAUCACAGCUCCAACCACUUACAAUGGAACACUUGGAGGUCUGUGUGGAAACUUGAAUGGAAAUAUUGAAGAUGAAUUCUACAGUCCAGAUGGUGUCCUCCUGCACGACUCCCAGCUUUUUGCCGACAGCUGGCGUGAUGGAUCUCUGUCAGCUCACUGUGUCGAUCCAACAGAUGUGUGGGAACCAGGUCUUUAUCAGAAUAGGACUCAGUUUAGUGAACGCUGCAGCAUCAUGUCCAUGAAUGAUGGACCAUUUUCUGAGUGCAGCAGAACACUAGACCCUUGGCCACGGAUUGAAGAUUGUAUUCAGAUGCUGGAGCAGACAGACGGUGCCAGGGAGGCUCUAUGUGAGGCUCUGCGAGGCUAUACACUGCACUGCCAACAGAAUGGCUUCACAGUUGGAGAGUGGAGGAGUAUCACCCACUGUGAUCCCAACUGUCCAUCUAAUACUCAUUAUGAACUGUGUGGCACAUCCUGUCCUGCGUCCUGCCCUAGUCUCUCUUUUCCCUUCCAGUGCAUACUGCCAUGUCAGGGAGGAUGCCAGUGCAACGAUGGACUGGUGCUGGAUGGAGACCGCUGUGUUCCUCCGACCGGUUGUGGCUGUCACUAUGAGGGACGUUAUCGGCAGCCCGGAGAGCAGUUCUGGCAUGGUGAAGAAUGCCAGUUCCUAUGUGUUUGUGAUGGAAUCACAGGAAAUGUGCGUUGCACACCAUCAUCUUGCAGAGAACAGGAGAUCUGUCGUGUGGUGGAAGGGGAGUUUGGCUGCCAUCCUCGUCCACAUGGCAACUGUCACGCUUCAGGAGAUCCCCAUUAUAUGUCUUUUGAUGGAACCUAUUUUGACUUUCAAGGCCCGUGCCGAUAUGUGCUGGCCAAAGUAUGUCAUGAUACUCGUGGUCUGCCGCACUUCCAGGUGGAUGCAAAAAACCAUAGACCAGAUGGAUGGUCAGUGUCAAUAACUGUUGAGGUUUUUGUCAAUGUGUCUGGACAUCUUGUGCACAUGUCACAGGAUAUGAACAGUUAUUCUGCUGUUAAGGUUGAUGAAGAGAUCAGAAACCUUCCUGUGUACCUUGACUCUGGUCGGAUAUCUGUCUACACCACAGGACAGUUUACAUAUGUCUCAACUGACUUCGGUUUCAGUGUCAGUUAUGGUUUUUGGACGGCAAACAUCAUUGUGCCAGCAGACUACAAUGGAGCUGUGUGCGGCAUCUGUGGCAACUUUAAUGGUAAUCCCGGGGAUGACUUCCUCACUCCUUCAGGGUCUCCGGCACCUUCAGCAGAACGGUUUGGCACAGAAUGGAUGGUUGAGGAAGAUGUUCCAUGUGAUGGUCGCCCUAGAGACAAUUGCCCUAACUGUUGCAGAGAUGAGAGCACAACUCUUAUCUCACAAGCUUUGUGUGGAAUCAUCAGAGACAGUCAGGGUCCCUUCAGCUUCUGCCAUGGUUUAGUGGAUCCACAAGCCUACUUUGAUAGCUGUGUGUUUGAUGUGUGCAUUUCUGAGAACAGUAAUGAUGUUUUGUGUCACUCUGUUCAAUCGUAUGUGAGUGCUUGUCAGUCUGCUAAUGCCAUUGUCUAUCCCUGGAGAGAAAAUGCAUCCUGUGUCAUGAACUGCUCAUCAAACAUCCCAAACAGUCAUUAUGAGGUGUGCGGCACAGACUGUGGUCACACAUGCGCCAGCAGCAUUGAUGCUAGUUGUGAACACACAUGCUCAGAAGGUUGUUUCUGUGAUGAGGGCUUUGUGAGGAGCGGAGGACUCUGUGUACCAGUGGAGCAAUGUGGCUGCUUGUAUGAUGGAUUCUACUAUAAUAUUGGUGAACAGUUUUGGGAUUCAACAUGUUCCCAACGCUGUGAGUGUUUUGCUCCAAAUGAUUUACGCUGCUCUGCAUCAUCCUGCCCACCGUCCUUAGAGUGUGUGGUCAGAAAUGGACAUCGUGACUGUUACAGCUCAAUGUCCACUUGCACAGUCUGGGGUGAUCCACACUACAUCACCUUUGAUGGAGCUGUGGCCCACUUUCAGGGAACAUGCUCAUAUGAGAUUGCUCAGACUUGCGGUAAUGUCACCAACAAUGAUCUGGAGUUUCGGGUGGUGGCCACCAACAGACACCGUGGGAACAUGGUGGUAUCGUUUGUGUCUGCAGUGGAUGUUUGGUUGUCUCAAGGUGGACGACAGAUGCACAUCACAAUUGGGCAAAACAGGAGAGUUAAAGUUGAUGGGAUUGCUGUGGAAACAGCAGCAUAUCAAAACAAUGAUCUUGUAGAGAUAAAUGAGGAGCAGGGUUUCGUAAUUCUUAAUGCUUUCAAUAAAUUUGUUGUCCAUUUCGACGGACAUAACAGCCUUCUGGUCAGAGUGAGUGAAAGAUACCAGGGAUCUUUAUGUGGAAUGUGUGGAAAUUUCAACGGUAAUCCUGCAGAUGACAAAGUGCUGCCCAGUGGAGACCCGGCUCCUGAUGACUAUUCCUUUGGUCGUAGCUGGCAAUCAGACACCAGCAUUCCAGGCUGUGGUGCCAGAGACCAGAGUGGUAAUACUGAUGAGUGUCCAUCCAGGCAGAGGUACUCUGAUCUCUGUAGUAUUAUCACCAACACCACUGGCCCUUUCCAGACCUGCCAUCUUCAUGUUGACCCUGCACCUUACUACUACUCCUGUGUGUAUGAUCUGUGUCUGUACACACGGGCAAAUGACAUGCUAUGUUCAGCUGUUGAGGCCUAUGAGACUGCUUGUGCCAUCUUGGAGAUUCAGAUCCCAGAAUGGCGCUCGGGUCUGUGGUGUGAUGUGAGAGAUCGCUGCUCUGAGCUCAGCUGCUCUGAGGAUGAAUGGUGUGGGAAGAAAAAUGGUGCUUAUGGCUGUUUGUGUAACGACGACCUUCCCAGACCACAAGCUGACUCUUUUGAUUUCUCAGAAAGCUGUGAAAGCAGCUCUGGCUCCAUGUCUGUGUCUCGCUGUCAGCUCUUUGAGGCUGGUUUUUCGGCUGACAUCUUACACCUCAAUGAUCCCAGCUGCAGAGGAACGGUCCGGAACGGCAGAGUGGAAUUCCAUUUUGAUAACGAUGAACACAUUUGUGGCACAAAUCUUGUGGCCAACGGCACCCACAUCAUCUAUGAUAACUAUAUUCUGGGUUCACCAAGUUCAGAAGGUCUCAUCAGCAGACAGAAAAUCCUCAAGCUUUCUUUCAGCUGUGUUUAUCCUCAAACACAAUCACUUUCCAUGAAUGUGGAAAUCAACCCAGUGGAGACCGAAGUGCGCAAGACUCUCCCCGCUGGUGAAGGCAGAUAUCAGGUUCGGAUGACUCCAUAUGAGGAUGAUGAGUUUACCCGGCCCUUCACUGGUAGAGUGAAUGCAGAGCUGGACCAGAAGAUGAAUGUGGAAGUUCGUGUUGAGGGGGUGGACAGCCGUCAGUUUGCUCUGGUGAUGGACACGUGUUGGGCUACACCUGUGAAUGAUCCUGAUUACAGUCUCCGCUGGGAUCUCAUCGUUAGAGAGUGUCCGAAUCCAAACGACGACACAGUGGAGCUGCUGCAGAACGGCGUCUCGACAUCCAGUCGUUUCUCCUUCAGGAUGUUCAUCUUCACUGCAAACUCCACCAAACUUUACCUGCACUGCGCUGUUCACCUGUGUCUUCUUUCGAGCAGUCGCUGCUCAGCUGACUGUAACUCUGGUCAUCACUGGAGAGAGCACAGGUCUCUGGACUUCCACGACAGUGCUUCCAUAUCCAUGGGUCCUCUGAUGUUGUCUGAAGGGAACACAGAUAAGUGGGUUCCAGAGCAGGUGAAGGCGUCUGAGGCUUCUUGUCUGUGUGCUUCUCUGCUGCUGUUAUUUGUUCCUCUGAUCAGUUUCCUAACUCUAUUUUAAUAUUUUUAUUCAAACAAAAUGUAAUCUUUUACAUGCAUAAUUUCUAAUACCAUUUACAUAUUUGACGGUUACAAAAUUUCUCCCUUACAUACUGUAAAUGUUAUUUUAUGUUAUAAUCAUGUAUUCAAUCCUUUACUUGAUUCGUUAUGUACUACAUUCACCUCAUUGUACUUCAGAUGUUGUGUUAAAUUACUAAAGACAAUCAUUAUGUUUUAAUCAUGUAAAAACAUUCAAAUGUAAUCCCUGUUUUGCAGUUGUUGUUACAACAUUUUAUAAAAAUUGGGUAGCGAACUAUUAGAAAUAACAAACUUGAAAUAUGUGCCAAUUUGAUGGCCUGUUUUCCAUUUUGCAAUAAUUUACUUUCAGUACAAGGACGAAAGAGAUUAAUGACUGUAGUCUUACCUUUGUUUGUUUGCCAUUAUCUUGCUUAUAGUGUUGCUACGAUAUGCAUGAGAGGCGGCCUUCUAUUUUACUUUCAAUUCUAAAGGCUUUGAAGAAUGCUGCCACACUGGUUGAAUUGUUCUUGUAUAGUUGACUUGAGAAACUAUAAUUAUAGUUGGCUGGGUCAGACUGCAUUCAAUGUGAGAAAGAAAUGUCUGAACAGUCCUUUGAUAGCGCACUGAAAUAUUACUACAUUGUGCAUCAAAACGGCUUUAAAGCAGUCUUUUAGUCCAGAUAAGAAAUCAUUUGCAGACCCACUGCAACAUUCAGAUAAAAAAGCUGUAGUAGUUUAAUAACUAGAUUAGAUUUGAUAACUAAAUAUGAAUCAAUAUUAGUUAAAUAAAACUUUCAGCAUUUGAUCAUAA